AUGUGCAGUCGCGGUUCCAAAGCGCGAAUGGCGUCCACUCGUAGCGCUGCACACGACACACCUCACGCGUUCCAGUUCGUUCCCGCUCGCGCCUUCACCUGAUGCGCUGCAGGUGCGCCUGGGGUUGCAGGUGACCCCCAAAUUGGAAGACACCACCUUUCCCUCUCCUGUAUUCUUUUUACCAACUUUUAAACCGCCCUCUCCAAAAAAAAAUAAAAGCGUGCCACGUUUUUCUCUCGCGUGUUGCCGGUCAAUAUGAUAAUUCACAUUUUCUAAAUUGUUCGUUGAAAAAUUAAGACAGUUCAGCGGUCCCUUUCCCUCAUCCCACCUUUCGGUGGAUUAGCCCACGACUUGUAACAAGUACAUUCUCCAGAUAGAAGAGAGAAAAAUAAAGUUGUUAAAGGACCUCCUAAAAAUUUACGGCAAUGGACUCCAGCGAUGUAGAGCCUAGCGAAAAUGCCGACGAGCCGGCCAAUUUCGGCCAAGGUGAUUUACUUUGCAAUGAGCAGCUGGAAAGUGAGGAGGAGAGCAGCAAAGUGGGAAAUGAGGUGUUGCAAACAUCAUGUGAGGAACUACAAGAGGAUGAGGAUAAGGUGGAAGAGGCAGACGAGGAGGAGGACGAAAGAGAUGAAGUGGAAGUAAAUGAUGAUGAUGAACGUGAGGUUAUACAGGAUAAGGAUGAAGAGGCAGGACAGCUAAACCAACCUCAAAGGACUCCUGUCACAACUUUCCAUACUGUCAUUAUUAAUAGUGACCCCAUUGAGGUCCUUGAGACAGGUGAGGAAGAGGAGCCUGCUAUGGUUUCUUCAGAAGAAGGCUUUUGUGUACUUCAGGUUGAAGAUCCAGAAACUCCUCAGGAAACUGAACAGUUUCCAGAACAAGAGACUGUUCCACCCGAGUGCCAUGUAAAUUAUGUGACAGUUUGUAAUCGCAUGCAAGAGUUCUUUGACAGGAAUGAUUCUACAGAAGAUGCAUUUUCUCACUUGCCCACAUCAUACUCUUCACAGACUUCUAUAGGCCUGUACACUGAACAUCAUGAAAAGCAGGAGAUGAUUCAAGGUGUCAAAAGAACCUACCAGAACUUAGAAAGUGAGCAUGAACAGGAGGAUGAUAGUGAAAAUAUUAAGUUGCAACCUCAAAGCACCACAAACAGCAGCUCUUUGAUUAUUCCUUCUAAAGUGAUCAGCCUGGCAGAAUUUCAACCAGUGGACCUUAAAAUUAACCCUGUUUAUGCCACCCGUCGCUACACUCGCUAUGCUAACAGAAUUAAGGGUGGUUACUCCCACUAUAGAUCCACGGGUGUUAAUUCACUUUUAGAGGAAGGAUCUCUUGAUGAACAGAGUGACACAAUAAAGCAUGAUGAAACAACAGAAGGUGUACCUAUGCCUCCUGCACCAAAGAAGAAAACAAGAACAUUAUAUUCACCUGAACAGUUAGAAGAGCUUGAACGGAUGUUUCAGGAGGAUCACUACCCUGAUGGAGACAAGAGAAAACAUAUUGCUGCUUCCAUAGGUGUUACACCACAAAGAAUUAUGGUGUGGUUUCAGAACCGGAGAGCAAAGUGGCGAAAAAUUGAAAAGACCACCUUGAAGCAAGAGAAGAAGUACUCUGGUAGUACCAUAGUGUCUGCUUUACCCACUAAUGUCUUGCCAGCCCCUCAGAUCUCCACUCACAUUCAGCUAACUGCACCACCCAAUGGAGGAGGAAUACUAGCAUCUGUCCAUCCCCAGUCAGCUGUAUCACGAUUGGCAGCUCCGCACAACCAGACACAUUUUUCCAACAUGGUAAAUCUGUCUUCUAGCCCCUCAGAUAAAAGCAUCCCAGCUCCAGGGACAAUGAUGGAGAUGACACAAGCAGCCCUGAAUCAACCAGUUUCACAGAGCUCCCAAGUGGAGUACUUGCUCACAAUUCCCAGUCCACCUCCCCUGCGUCGUGCAAGCCUGCCAAUGGGCACCUCCUUCAACCCCACUAACCAUCUUGUCCCACUAAUGCUUGACACUCCUGAAAGUACUUGUAACCAGUCUGGACAGGAGGGCUCUUCUCGUGAACUUCUCAAUUACUCUGUGCAAAGUGAUGGAUCUGGCUCUCUUUGCGACUACACUGAUCAUCUCACCACUUCUAUCAAGGUGGAACCACAGCACUAUAUGCAAGGUCCACAGAAUUCCACUCCCAUGGCAUCUUACCAGCUAGGACAAUUUGCACAGCAACAUGCUGGGCUGCUGCCAGCCCACAGCUUAAAUCAUGGCCAGCUUUCACAAUAUCAGCGGUUCCCCUUCCUCAACACCAGCUAUCAAACUAAUGUGAGCCUUGCACCAACACCUCCAGUUGAUUCCACUGCAUCCUUUCUUAACUUUGGAGCUUCAAGUGCCAUUACCAAUUCUGGGAUCCUGACAUAUACAGCUGGAAAUGGCCGUGGAUAUUAUCAAGGCCAAUCUGGAAACCAGAUUCUUUUGCAGCAAGGCAUGCACGCAUUUCAGACAUUUCCUUGGAGUGACAUGUACAGCCAACCCAGCCAGUUUACUUCAUCAUUGUAUCAAAGAGGUCUGUAUCCAGGGCUAACCCGUCCUGCUGACCCAAGCCUGUAUCAGCCCACGUCCAGCCAACACUUCAUUCAAGUCCAAAGACCUACCUCUUCAACUGCAGCCUCUCAGAGUUUGUUCCAGGGGACCCAGAGGAUUGUUCCCCCACAAAAUUUGUACCAGACUUCCCGGAGCUCACGAGCAGAGUUCCAGUCAACUGAACACUCUGAUUGCCAGGGUGGGAGUGGUGUUAAAAAGGAAGCGGACUCUAACAACAGUAAGUGUGAUUAUGAUACAAUAGAACAACCCUUAGCAGAGAGCACUGAAUCUCAACCAUCUCAAGAGUCAGACUGGCUAAAAUGGAGUCCUGAUUUUGAGGAAGACUUCUCUCCUAUAUGUUUUUAAGGUUUUAUUUUUUUUUCCUUUUAAUGCAAGUUAAAAAUCCAAAGAAACACACCUUAUUCUGUUUCUAAUUGUGUCGCACCUUCUGUGACUUAGUUAGGAUUCUUGCUUCCCCCCCCACCCCCUAUUUCCAGAAAUAAUGCCAAGAAGAGUGUAAGAGUUAGGGGGAUGGAAGGUGUUGUGAAUUUAGUUCAACUUACAGUGCACACAUAACAGAGGGAGCAGCUGAUGAUAGAAAAAUACUGAAAAUGCAGUCAUUGUCUUGGCACAUUACGGUAUAUGUUGAUUAUAAGGGUUUAAUCCGUCAGGUAUUAAGCAUCCACAAACUUGA